AUGGCUUUGGUAUACCUCAAGUCAAUCAUUCUCCCAAGCCAGAAACCGCUCCAGGUCGGCGAGCGCCAACGCCUGCUGGACGUUGAGCAGCAACCUGAACGACAAUCUUCAGUGGACUCUGGAUCAAGCAACCGCGGCUACGACGAUAAGGCUUCGCACUCGCGGGGAAACUCGUUGCUUCAUUGUCGAAUCAAUCCCAGGAUCAUCUCAGAUGCCACGAUAGGUCUUUCAGAUGGCUUGACGGUGCCUUUCGCGUUGACGGCAGGUCUAUCCGCAAUUGGCUCAACUCGACUGGUCAUAUACGCAGGAUUUGCUGAACUGGUUGCUGGAGCGAUCUCCAUGGGUCUUGGCGGGUACCUGGGAGCAAAAGGUGAAGCCGAUGCGUACUAUGCAGCCCUACAGGAGACCAAGGAGUGUGUUGCGAUUGACACCCACAGAGCCCGUGAGAUGGUACACUCUGCUUUCAACCGAUACGACUUCUCCAUCGACACACUCGACCGCCUGACACACGGCCUUUCUGCUCGUCCAGAGCAGUUCGUCGACUUCCUAAUGCGAUUUCACCAUCAACUAGCAGAAGCCGACUUUACGCCUUCAAGAGCGUACAUCUCCGGUCUGACCAUCGCACUUGGCUACUUCCUGGGCGGACUCGUACCAUUACUGCCAUACCUCUUCUUCUCGAAAGUUUGGGAAGCAUUGUACUGCAGUGUCCUUGUUAUGGCGAUUGCCCUGUUCACGUUCGGCUGGGUCAAGACGACUCUGGUGGGCGAGUGCAGCGUUUGGGUCUGCUUCCGGAACGCGGUCCAAAUGCUGGUACUCGGUGGACUGGCUGCUGGCGCAGCUAUGGGCUGUGUCAAGGCCAUUGGAGGUUGA